AUGUAUCUUAAACCCUACCUCACGGCACUGUCAAUUGUGCCAGCUGUAUUUGGCCUGAACUCCUCUCGGCCACAGCAGUCUACAGAUCCAUUCCAAGUCUUCACCCUCACUGCCGACAAUAUCACUGCCAAAUUCAUUCCCUAUGGCGCCCGCCUGACAUCCCUACUCGUCCCCGACAGGAAUGGAACCCCACAAGAUGUCAUCGUCGGCUACGACAACCCUCGUCAGUACCUCCACGACACCGAGACCAACCAUACCUACUUCGGAGCCGUCAUCGGCCGAAUCGCCAACCGUAUCAAGAACGGUACUUUCACCCUUGACGGCACCGAAUACCACAUUCCCAAGAACCAAAACGGAUUAUACACUCUCCACGGCGGAACCAUCGGCUACGACCAGCGCAACUGGUCUGUUGCUGCAUACACCUCUUCCUCCGUGACCUUUACCCUCUACGAUGCCGCAUCGGAGGGCUUCCCAGGAGACGUCAUCACCCACGCUACUUUCACCGUCGAUUCCCAUCAAGGCAUACCCCGACUAACCACCAAACUGGUCUCCUUAUCUCUCACCGAAACCACCCCCAUCAUGCUCUCCAACCACAUCUACUGGAACCUGAAUGGAUUCCAAGAACCAACCGUCCUCAAUGACACCUGGUUACAACUCCCCCUAUCCGAGCGUUUCAUCGCCACAGACAGCAUCCAAGUCCCCAACGGCACGAUCUCCACCGUCGCCGACUCCAACCACCACUCCAUGGACUUUACCACCGGUAAGAUCAUCGGACAAGACAUGCAAUACACCGAGGGCCUUUGCGGUACGGACUGUGUAGGCUACGACAACUGCUUCAUCAUCGACCGGGAUCCUCUUUACUCCGCCGCCGACGCCAUGGUUCCGGCUCUGCGUAUUAACUCCACUACGACUGGUAUCAGCAUGGAGGUCGCGACGAAUCAGCCUGCUGUUCAGUUCUUCACGUGUUUGAAUAUGGAUGGUUCUAUUCCGGUGAAGGCGUCUCAGGUUGAAAGGAACCGGAAGGAUGGAAAGGAGGGUGUGGAGUUUGUGGAGAAGUAUGGUUGUGUGGCUAUUGAGCCGGAGGGGUGGAUUGAUGGGGUUAAUAAUCCGCAGUGGGGUCAGAGUUCGAGGUUGUUUUAUUCGCCUGAGAGUCGGCCGGCGGUAAAUUUGGCUACUUAUACGUUUGGGACUGUUGAUGAGGCCUGA